CUCAUUUUAUACUCUGCAGGGGAACAAGGAAAACCAGGUACCAACAAGCCAUUCCCAGGCCCCCCUGGUCCAAAAGGAGACCAGGGAGCAGUUGGGAAGACUGGAGCGCAGGGAUCACAGGGUGCCAAAGGAGAAAAAGGACAGGAUGGAGUUGGGACAUCAGGAGUGAAGUACGUUCGGUGGGGAAGGACCACAUGUCCUAGUGGUGCGCAGAUAGUUUAUAAAGGUAAGCGAAAAGGAGCUUAGUUUGAUAGUUACUAUUACUCCUAUGGUCCUAAAGACAGAAAGAGUGAUAAACUGAAGAUUUUUAUGCCACAUACACUUACUAAUCAUUAUUUAAAAGUGACAACUAUGAAAUUUCUCCAAACUUGUCACAUUUACUGGUCAAUAAUCCGGGCAUCUCUUUAAGUUAUCUUUUUGUUGUAUCUUUCCAGCAUAUUUUAAACCUUUCAGUGUAACUGGUUCGUACCUGUUCAUGCAUAAAACAGACGGAAAUCUGGGUAUGAGAUAAAGACCCUUGUUUUUCCUAACAAUGCGCGCUCUCACAGCAUUGGUUACGUUAAGGUCACAUGAAAAUGUAUCCCGCAAAAAGUUUUUUUACAGGCAAUAUUGCAAACUCUAUGUCAUCGAUCAGAACCCUGAACAGUGAAUUAUCACCCACGAAGCAUAAAUGAUUGCCGCUUGCUGAAAUUUAGUUUCAUGAAUUUGUACAAGUAGGCUUUUCUAUGUUUUAGUGAUCAAUAUAAAUAGACAAGGAAAUGACAAAAAAAGGGAUAGUGUAAUUCUAGAGUACUGUAUUAAAUUUUUGCUUCAAAAUGUUACAGCCAUUUGCGGUUUGUGGUCUUGGUGUUUUUUUGAAAAACAUCUGAUCAGUUCGCUAUCUUAAUAUUCAGCUCUUAGCGAUAUUGCGUGAGCUAGAUGUUUUGCCAAUUUUUUGAGUAAGAACUAGUCAACAGAAUCCGAUGGUUGAUGUUUUUGAAGGCACGAAAAGAUUUCAAACUAUUUUAACUGCGUUUUCCGAUUUACUUUUAUAGCAGAAUGUUUUUCGUUUGCAACAACAGUUUACUUGAGUAAAAGAUGCCAUUCUGUUAACUCAGCAUUUCCUUACAAGAGAAAUUCAGUUGCCUAGAAAUCAAAGUUAAUUUAUGACAAAAGAAAAUGAAAGCAAAUGUUCGCGAAAAUUCUUUAUUUCAAAUAACCAGGACAGAGAAAAGACGCCUUGCCUCCCUCAACCGCUAGCCGCCAUACCAUACACUUGUGAAGAGCGGAACAGGAAACCUUUUAAUUAACUUGGCGCGUUGACAGAAUUUCAAAGAAUAAUUGUUGAUAAAUUUUUUUGCCUUGUAUCAGGUAUAAUGGGUGGAGAAUAUUUCAAUCACUAUGGUGGUGGAGCGAACUACCUGUGCCUUCCACACAAUCCAAAGUAUGACAAGUACAAAGAUGGCCAUCAGCGCUCCGGAUACAUGUACGGCACUGAAUAUGAAGUGAUUCAGUACAGCGGUAACCCUUUUAAGAGAAAUCUUCACAAUCAUGAAGCACCAUGCGUUAUCUGCUUCGUCAAGUCACGUGGCUCGAUGCUGAUGAUGCCUGCCAGGAAUGACUGUCCAUCUGGAUGGACCGAGGAGUAUCAUGGGUACCUGAUGACAGAAGAUUAUAACCACAAGCAUUCACGUGAUUUCAUCUGUGUUGACAAGGAUCCAGAGUUUGUUCCUGGUAGCCAUGCGAGCAAGGAUGGUGCUUUGCUGUACCCUGUGGAAGGUGUUUGUGGCUCACUGCCAUGUCUUCCUUAUGUCAGCGGUAGAGAGUUAACAUGCGCUGUGUGCACCAAGUGA